CAAGCGCUUUGCGUUCCUGAUUUUUAGUUGGCGAAACAGUAGCGGCUGGGCGAUCGUGAUCCUCGGGCCGGCAAUAGUAGAACCAUCCGCCUCCACACCGCCGGAAUCGAUGAAGCUUCUCCCGGCCGUCCUCGGCCUCGCCCUCCUCCUCCUCGUCCUGUGUCCCAAUGGCGUGGAGGCCCGGCCUGCGCCUACCGGCGGUCAUGAGAAGAAGUCGUCGAGCGCCACCUUCUUUGUCUUCGGGGAUGACUUCGCUGACAACGGGAACCUCCCUCCGACCGAACCCGUCACCGAAAUGUCGCGGCAAUGGGCUUACCCCUACGGCUCCAACUACGUCGAUGCCGAUGGGUUUCCGCGGCCGAAUGCCCCGUCCGGCCGCUUCUCAAACUACAAGAUCCAGCCGGAUUUCAUCGCAACAAUGUUGGGGUUGGAGGAAGCCCCUCCAGCACAUGCCCGUACAGCAGAGAAAACUUGCGACCCGUCCGGCAUGACUUUUGCUACGGGUGGCGCAGCGGUGUUGGAUAGUACAUCACAUGAGGUUCCCACCUUUACCAAGCAAGUAGAUACUUUCAGGAAGAUGGUCAAAGACGGGACCAUCACGGAGAAACAAUUGACUCACUCUGUAGCGCUCGUGGCCUUCUCCGGCAAUGAUUAUGCAAGCACCGGCGUCAUUGGCCUAAGUAGCCCCAACGAUAUUAAUGCUUAUAUUGGGAAAGUGACAAAAGAGAUGGCUGCUAAUGUGGAGCAAUUGUUGAACCUUGGGGUGACAAAGGUUCUUGUCAACAACUUGCAUCCUGUCGGUUGCACGCCAUCACAAACCCGAACUAACAACUACACUACGUGCGAUAUUUUUGAAAACUUGGGUGCUUCCAUCCAUAACAAUAACCUGAAACAAGUUAUGACAGCAAAGAAGAAUGUCCACAUCGUCGAUCUGUACACCACAUUCAUUAAUAUUGUGGAUCAUGUGCCUGGUAAAGGCUCAGAGCAAUCGAAGCAAUUCAAGCGCAAACUAUCACCGUGUUGCGAGAGUUUAGAUUCGAAGGGUUACUGUGGUCAGCAAGGCGAGUUGUCCACAGAGCUUCUUUACACCGUGUGCGACAAGUCCAAUAAAUUUUUCUAUUGGGACGACAUGCAUCCCACGCACGCGGGAUGGGAGGCUGUCAUGAAACAAUUGGAAAAGCCCUUGAGGGAGUUUUUAGAUCAAGACUAGGUAAUCAGCUUUCAUAUGUCGUUGUAGCACUUUUCAUCCAUGAUGACAAUAUUCUGUUUGUAUUUGUUCGAUAAUUUCAAGCGUUUCAAAGACUGCAUUUUCUGGA